AUGUUGCCAAAAAGGGAGAUGAGGGAGAGGGUAGAUGAAAGUGAGUUUGAAAAUGAAGUGAGUGAGGAGGCGAGAGGAAGGUCAAAAAUGAGUGAUGAGGGUGCCUCAAAGAGAGAUGAGGGAGAAGUGAAGAUUCAAGCUCCAUUGAGAGCAUAUGAGACUCAUAUUCCAUUCCCUCAUAGAAUGAUAGAGAAGAAGCUAAAUGAGAAACUUUCUAAGUUCCUUGAUGAAAUGGAAGGACUUCAAUCAAACAUUCUACUUCUCCAUGCUUUGUCUCAAAUGCCUACAUAUGCAAAGUUUUUGAAAAAUAUUCUUUCUAACAAGAGUAGGCUUGAGGAGAGUGAUUCUAUCUCUCUUCCAACGGAGAUAAGCGAUAUUCCUCAAAAUGAGCUUCCCGAGAAUGUUAGCCUUAUGCCUCUCUCUAUGGCAAAAAGAUUAAAUCUUGGGGAGAUUAGCCCCACCAAAAUGUCAAUCCAACUAGCCGACCGCUCGGUUAAAGUCCCAUUGGGAGUCUUGAAGGACAUCCCAAUUCAAGUGGGGAAGGUUCUUGUGCCUUGUGAUUUUGUAAUCAUGGAGAUGGAUGAGGAUUUCAAAAUUCCUCUCAUAUUGGGUAGGCCCUUUUUGAAAACCGCGGGUGUUAAUAUUGACAUGAAACAAGGGCGGCUUACCUUACAUGUUGGGCAUGAAAGAAUCUCUUUCUCAUUUCCGGAAACGUUGAAUGACCCCAUGGUUAAACAAGUUCAUCGGGUUGAUUUUUUGGUUAAUAUUUUGAAAGAAGACAUGGAGGAGUCACAAGAUGAAUCGACUCAUGCUCCGGAGGUGAAAAAGCAAGAUAGGGCCAAGAAGAAAAAGAAAAACAAGAUCAAGUUGAUAGACAAGAUGUUUGGUUGCAUUUCUAGUGAUGAUAGCAAUGUGAUUAUUUUGCCUAAGGAAAAUGGCAAGUGUGUGGGAACAAUGAGAUGGGUCAAAAAGGUGUGCCUUGACCCUCCCUAA